GCCUUCUUCCAAUCUAAGCUAAAUCUAAUCUCGCUUCGCUUCUGCGCCUUGUCUUAAAGAAAGGGAAAAGUUAAAGACUGCAGAAGAAAGAAUUCAGCUCUCUCAAUUUCGCAAUCGAAUUAAAAAUGGCAAUGAAGAGUGAAUCAGGUACUCCGCUGCCGAGGAUCGGGAAGAUCGGGCCUUACACGGUGUUCAUGACGCCUCCAUCCACGCCGAAUGCAGAGCCCAAGCGGGAAUCUCUCCAAGCUCCCUCGCCGCCGCCAGUGAUGGCUCCGCCUGCCCAAUUCUAUAAAGAAAACCCUUCUUCUUUUACUUUCUUCUGGGACGCUCUAGCCAAGCUUCAAACUGCGUAUGCGAGUUUAGACGAGCAUGUUGCACACUGGUUUGGCUUGAAUCAGUCAAAAUAUCAGUGGGCAUUGGAUGAUUACUAUGAAAGCAAUGGAAAGAUGACAUCGACUGCAGAAUCAGAACGAGGAAAAACCACAGGUUAAACCGAGCAAAACACAGAAUGUGUGAUGCGCUAACAAGCUGCCAAGUUGGACAAAAAUUUCAUUUCUAAAUUGAAUGAAAUUUGGGAUACCAAAUUACUGAUUGGUCACAGAUUUUGUGGGAAAUAUUCUGGCGAUGUGUACUACUACUACUACUACUAGUGUCUCUAUUUAACUGUUUAUUGUUCAUGAUCUAGCAACCUCUCUGUGUGAUACUACUACGUUGUUGCUAUUUUGUUAGUCUGCAGAGGAAACAAAACUUUUUAUAGCUGUUUCUAUUAAUUUAUGUUACAAAACUAAUAAUAUUUGGCAAUUUGUAAUACCAAGUGCCUACUUUUUUUGUUCA